AUGUGGCAAAAACAGCACGAUAAAUCAUCUUUUAGAGAAUCUCUCAAAGCUCUUGAAGCUGACAUACAACAUGCCAAUACCUUGGCAGCUGCUCUCCCAGGAGAUUAUGGUGGGAAUUGUGUGCAAAUGAGGUUGUCAUAUAGCCCCCUGGCUCCCUUCAUCUUGUUUUUGGUGGAAUGGUUGGACUAUAGUUGUACCGAUGCCCUCCCUAGUUAUUUAGGCCUUCUCCACAUACUUGUAUAUAAGGUUUAUGUUGAUGGAAUGCCAUCAGUGUCCUCAAAAGAAAAAAAGGCCAGUCUGAGGGAAUUUUACGCUAUAAUAUACCCCUCUCUUAGUCAGCUUGAAGGUGAGUUUAUUGAAGUGGAAAAUAACCGUACGAGAAGCAGAAACACUGAUGUUUUGAGCAGAAAGGGGGUGGAAGACCAGAGGAAGCUAUCUGAAAGCGAUUUUGAGAGAGACGAAGAGUGUGGUAUAUGCAUGGAAAAUAGUGCAAAGAUGGUAUUGCCCAACUGUGGGCACUCUUUGUGCAUCAGCUGCUUCCAUGACUGGAAUGUGAGAUCUCAGUCCUGCCCCUUUUGCCGUGGAAGCCUCAAGAGAAUGAGCUGUACAGAUUUAUGGGUUCUCAUUAGUAAUGGUGAUGUUAUUAAUACACUUGCCCUUGCCAAGGAGAAUCUAAGGCGUUUCUAUCUUUACAUUGAGGACCUGCCUUUUCUAGUGCCUGAGACUCAUGCGAUUCUGUUUGAUUACAUGAUCUGA